UAAUAUUAUAGCGAGGUGUGUCCGCCAUUGGGGAAUGCGUGUGUGGAGGAGCCUAUAUUUGGUGCCAGCGAACGCACUAUCUUAAGCCGAGAGGAAGGUGCUUGUUGGAUGUCCUUCGCCAGCGUUUUAUUUGGGCCGUGUAAGCGGCACCUUGCUACUCGAACGUGCUGCGUGGCACGUCGUGCGUCGGCUUCUUCUUUAUGUCCUCUGGCGGACGGGAGAAGGGAAGAACCGCGAUCAUCUCGCGCAAGAGCGAGCGGUCCAGCAGAGCAGGGUCUGGGAGCGGUACAAUGUAGAAGACGGUAUCACCAUUGGUCACCUCCCGGGGCGACCGACACCAACAGCAACAGCGGCACGUCAUUGAACAUGGCAGUCGAUAAGGAACAGCAACAGCAACAACGACACCAAGAACAACCACAGCAGCAGGCGCAGACGAAACCAGCCCUCCCACCGAAGUCUCCCCAGGCAGUGGCAAUGGAGGAGUUCGCCGAUUUGGAGCGCAAGCUCGCCUCGCCGCGGGAGGCACCGAGGAGAAAGACCCCGGAGCAACUCAUGAUGGAGGAAUUCGCAGCUCUUGAGCGGAAGCUUGGCUCAACACAACAAGCGAGUGCCGGUGGUGCUCAACCCGUCGGGCAAUCCAGUCGUUUGAGAAAUACCUUGACGAAACCGGAGGAACCUGAAGCGGAAGAGUGUUGCGGGAACGGGUGCGCGACGUGCGUCUGGAUUGGAUACUGGGAGGAGCUGCAAGCGUGGGAAGAAGCGGGACGCGAGCGCGAGGAAGCGCCGCCAUGAAGUCCGGCGGGAAGAUUCAGAUUU